UCUAAUCUCACAUUUCGAACCUAUAUAGUAUAUCCUUCUUUAAUACUUUAUCUUAGUCAAAUUUUUAAUUCCCAACAAAUUGAAUAAAAAUCGCAAGUUUAAACUUAAUUGUUUCCCUCGAAUAUUCUCUGCACAAAUCCCAUUAUUCUUAUCAUCUAUAUAUAAUCAAACUCUCACAGUUACUUUUACAAACAAAAAAAAACAUAACUCGAAUUUUUAACUCUUUGAAUCGGUUUAAGUUACAGAGAUGAAUUUUGCUAGAAAGAAACGAGUCACCGAUCCGUUCGACGACGAAGCCAAAGCUCGACUCGUCGGCGGUAAUUUCCGGCGACUGAGUGGCGUCAGUAGCGGAAGUGAGCAUUCCGGUGACGGAGAAUUCACUUCUUCACCGUCUCUGUCUGAGCUCGUACAUGAUUUCCUCGAGGAAGAUGAAGAAAACCAGCGUGACUCGGCUGAGAACGAUUUUGAGUCAGAGCGAGUUGACUCGGUUUCAGAAUGCUUGGACUCGGUGGAGGAUCUGCUCUUAAGCGCUGAAAAUGCUAAUGCAGAUUCUUACAUGAACACGCUUCGCGUGCAUGUUUCUGAAGCGGCAGCGAAAUUCGCAUUUCUGAAGGAACAAAGCUUUUCUGUUUUCAAUCGAAACGUGAUGUCGUUUUUGCGUGAGAAGGGACACAAUGCUGCGAUUUGUAAGACGCGUUGGGAAUCCUCCGGCGGAAUAACCGCCGGCAGCCAUGAGUUUAUCGACGUGGUGCGAUCUGGAUCAUCCACGUGGCAGAGUAGGUACUUCGUUGAGCUUAAUUUCGCCGGACAAUUUGAAAUUGCACGGCCGACGAGUCGUUACACAGAGAUUAUGAGUUACGUUCCUGCAAUUUUCGUUGGAACAUGGGAGGAGCUGAAACGCACCGUUUUGGCCUUGUGUGGUGCUGUGAAAUUGUGUUUAAGGAGUAGAGGGUUAUCGAUACCUCCUUGGAGAAAGAACCGGUACAUGCAAAAUAAGUGGUUUGGACCGUACCGCAGAACUACGAACCCGGUUCAGGGAAAUCCGGUUCCAGGUGUUGUUUCUUCUUUCAGUGGUGCUAAAUGUAGGUUAGUUGGGUUCAACGAUGCCGUUUCGGAGACUAGGCACAGCGUUUCAUUUGUCCGCACGAGAUAAAGCGAAUUUUUGAAAUUUUGUUGAUAGUUUAUAUUUUAGUUAAUUUUAUAAUAAUACUGUAGUUUUGGGAUGAAUUGGAUUGGGUUGAAUAUGAUACACUGUUAGAGCAUCUCCAAUGGUGCAACCCAUUUUUGGGUUCUUUAUGGGUCCCACUAGCCACAUCAUCUUAAAAUAAUUUUUGUAAUUUUUAUUUUAAUUGUAUAAUUCUAAAAAGUUAUUAUUGGGCCCACAACUUUACCUCAUAAACUAAUUUGAUUGGGUACCACAAUUUUUUCAUAGUUGCAUUGCAAUGCAAUGGUACUAUGAUGUGGCAUGUCUAGGUGGAGAACUUAUUAGAAGGAACUACCAUUGGAGAUGGUCUUAGUUACAUUAUUAAAUUGAGAGAACGUUGAAUGAAAACGAUGGAACUUAUAGAAAGUUAAUUUUUAUGUGGCAAAUCUACAUCGUCUAUUCUCUGCAGCGAGCAGAACAUUACAUUACUUGCAUGCUGAACCAUUCCAGAACUUUAAAUUUUGUCGGAUUGAAAAAUCCAAAAACUUCAUUCAACAAACGAAACACAUAAAUCAAAUAAAAUGUAUUUAUAAUAAUACUGUAGUUUUGGGAUGAAUUGGAUUGGGUUGAAUAUGAUACACUGUUAGUUACAUUAUUAAAUUGAGAGAACGUUGAAUGAAAACGAUGGAACUUAUAGAAAGUUAAUUUUUAUGUGGCAAAUCUACAUCGUCUAUUCUCUGCAGCGAGCAGAACAUUACAUUACUUGCAUGCUGAACCAUUCCAGAACUUUAAAUUUUGUCGGAUUGAAAAAUCCAAAAACUUCAUUCAACAAACGAAACACAUAAAUCAAAUAAAAUGUAUUCUCUCCUGCCUGAAU